UUGAAGCCCCCAGGAGGAGGUUCUAGUAAUCUCUUUGGGAGUACAGAAGUUUCUUCUUCAAGCAGGCCACACAGGAUGGCUUCUAAUAUCUUUGGAGCACCAGAAGAACCUCAAAACAUUCCAAAAAGAACAAACCCUCCAGGGGGAAAAGAAAGUGGUAUUUUUGAGGAGUCUAGUUCUGCUCAGCCUCGUCUACGCAUGAAUCCACCUGGUGGGAAGACAAGUGAUAUCUUUGGGUCUCCUGUAUCUCCCAGUGUUGUGCGAGCACACCCAAACAAGCCUAAGGAUCACAUUGUCUUGAAAGAAGAUGAAACCCCAAAGAAGCUAGAAGAAAAUAUCAAACCACAGCUGGAAGAUGGAGGUGAGAAAAAAGAUCCGGGCAAAGAGGAGCGAUGCAAGGAGCCAGAACCCAAGAUAGACAAUCACGAGCCCCGAUUAGGGCCAAGGCCACGCUCGCACAACAAAGUUCUCAAUCCACCGGGGGGGAAAUCCAGUAUUGCAUUCUAUUAG